AUGGAUGAUCGCUCUGUUUCAUCUGACGAAGAUGAUGACCUAAUCGAACCAGCAGACGAGGUGAUCAUCUCGUACUAUCUGUUAAUGAUGAUGAACAACGGCAAAUCCUGGCCUAACCACUUCCUCCGAGACUUGCAAGCACACGUGUACAACCUGAAUCCAUGGAGCUUCUUCAAUACUCAGAACGCUUACUACUACGUCUUCGCCAAAGGCCGAACAGAGGCUUGUGGUAAAACCGACGGAUGCGCAUCGGGUUGCUGGAGGAUCAUGGCUCGUGAUAAGCUGAUCAAGUCUGAGGAGACAGGGAAGUUUCUAGGGUUCAAGAAGAUUCUCAAGUUCUGUGAUAAGGAAGAAGAAGAGGAUGAGAGAAACUGGGUGAUGGAGGAGUAUAGGCUCGUCAACAAACGGAAGCAAGAUCAGGUGAUUUGCAAGAUUCGUCUUCUGCUCCAACGCGAGGUUAAUUCCUUGCUCGCCACGCAUUUCUCGUUCUUGAAUGCAUCGCCGUUAUCUGAUAGGCUUUUGAUGCCGAAGUGGGACUAUUGUGUACGGGACGAACCAAAGGAUGAAACAAUCUCACUCUCUCUGCACUCGUUGAUCGGUAAUAUUCGAAACGAUUGGCCUAGACGUUUCCCGCGUGGCGAGAAAGUGUACAGCGUGGAGCCAUGGAGGAUUGUGGGUCGUCUUCACACCUCUCUCGUCCUAAACGUGGGACACUACUUCUUCGUUAACAAGACAGAGACUUGUGGUAGAACCGAUGGAUGCAACGGCGGUUGCUGGAGGAUGAUAAGACGUGACAAAGUGAUCAUCUCGAAGAGGACCAAAAAGGUUCUUGGUUUCAAGAGGUUCUACAAGUUCUGUCACAGCGAGAACCCGGAAUUCGCAAAACCGGUUUUGGAGUUUGAAGAUGGUGAGGAGGUUAAGGUUACUUGGGUAAUGGAAGAGUAUAGGAUUGAUAAGAAGAGGAUGCAAGGUAGAGUGAUUUGCAGGAUUAGGGCUCUCUUGCCAGAAGCACUAGCUCGCUUGAUUCGAUAUGCAGAAGUAGAAGUAUAA